UGUCCUAAACAACUACAACUCCCAGCAUACUUUGCGGAACUUUUUGUCAACAACAAGACCAGGAAGUUGUGGAAUUGCCUGCAAGGUCGUUAAGAAGUGUUUUGGCGGCACCAGAGGGUCUUGUGUCAUCAUGAACAUGUUAACAUUCUUUGCGGUUGGGCUGAUGGUUCAUUUGGUGUUCUUUGGCUCAAUAUUCGACAUCUAUUUCACCUCUCCAUUGGUCCAUGGCAUGACUCCGCAUCAGCCACGGCUCCCGCCACCAGCCAAACGACUUGUGUUGUUUGUAGCAGACGGUCUUCGAGCGGACACCUUUUAUAAACCGGAUGCAAAUGGAUCUACCAGGGCACCUUACCUGAGGAAUGUGAUUGAAGAAAAAGGCAGCUGGGGUGUGUCUCAUACUCGUGUUCCAACUGAGUCCAGGCCUGGGCAUGUAGCUUUGAUUGCCGGAUUUUAUGAAGAUGUAAGCGCCAUUGCUAAAGGUUGGAAAGAGAAUCCCGUGGAGUUUGAUUCUGUGUUUAAUGAAAGUAAAUACACAUGGAGCUGGGGGAGCCCGGAUAUCUUGCCAAUGUUUGCAAAAGGUGCAAGCGGGGAUCAUGUAUACACACACACAUACCCAGCUGAGGACGAAGACUUUGCUGCAAAAGAUGCUUCCAAGCUCGACACAUGGGUCUUUGAUGAAGUUAAGAACUUCUUUCAAUCUGCAAAAGGAAAUGAAACAUUGCUGUCACAGUUACACGAGGAAAAGAUUGUGUUUUUCCUUCAUCUGCUUGGCUUGGACACCAAUGGACAUGCUCACAGGCCUAUGUCAAGGGACUAUCUGGAGAAUAUCAUGAUAGUUGAUAAUGGUAUUAAAGAGCUAGUUUCCAUGAUUGAGGACUUCUAUGGAAUGGAUGAGAAAACAGCAUAUGUUUUUACUUCUGAUCACGGCAUGACUGACUGGGGCUCUCAUGGAGCAGGCCACCCAUCAGAAACUUUAACUCCCCUUGUUGCUUGGGGAGCUGGAGUCCAGCAAGCCGAGAGAGUUAGAUCACAGAACUUUGAGGAUAAUUUCCUCCAAGAGUGGAAACUUGAGAAUUUCAAGAGGUUGGAUGUCAACCAGGCUGAUGUAGCUCCAUUGAUGUCUUCUUUGAUUGGAAUCCCAAUUCCUCUGAACUCUGUAGGCGUCCUCCCUGUGGACUAUCUGAACAGCAGCAACCACUUCAAAGCCGAAAGCAUGUUUGCAAAUGCCAUUCAAAUUCUGGAGCAGUACAAGGUUAAGAUGGCUCAGAAAAAGGCAACCACUUUAUCAUUCCUGUUCACUCCAUUUAAGUUGCUUCCAGAAUCAGAACAAGCAGAUUUCAUACGCAGCGCAAGAUCUCUAAUCCAGCACGGAAAUUAUGACCAAGCAAUCCGCGUUUGCAGGUCUCUGAUGAGCUUGGCUUUUGAAGGCCUCUCCUAUUACCAUACCUAUGAUCGCUUCUUUCUGGGGGUCAGUGUGGUGUUUGGCUUUGUGGGCUGGACCUCCUAUGUCGUUCUAAUGAUCCUUAAAACUCACAACAGUCUCCACAAACCUUCCACGAGGAAGGAAAAGGUAUCAAAAGAUGCCCUCCUUCCUAAAGUGUUUGUGGCCAUCUCUCUAAUGAUAGCCUUCUUCCUGCUGAUACAGGCCAGUCCCUUGACCUAUUACAUUUACUGCCUGCUCCCAGUCCCUGUGUGGUAUGCAGUUUGUAAAGAAUACAGAACUUGUAAAGGACUUCUGAAUUCAGUAAAAUCCUACCCAUUAACUCAGAGCAUUGGAUUCUCAGUGAUGUUCGUUCUGGGAAUUGAAUUGUUGGUUGUGAGCUUUUUCUAUCGGGCUAUGAUAACUCUUGGACUCGUUGCACUAGCUGGAUGGCCAAUUAUGUCCAAACUGUGGGCUCAAACAAAGACAAGGUCAGUCUGCUGGAUACUUGCUUGUUUGUUCCUGGCGACGUUCCCUCUAAUGCCUGUGAUCGGGAGGGAGCCUAAUAUCAAUCUUGUGACCGCUGCUGGAUUGUUUUCUCUCAUUAGCUCUUCUUUCUUUCUGGCCUCCCUCUGGAAAGCAAAGAGCAAAACCUCCAGGAAAUGGAGAGACUUUCAAGUAUACCUCUUCCAGAUGCUGAGUGUUGUUCUGUGCACAUUUGUAGUGAACAGUACCCACUCCAGUUUGAACCUCAAGCAAGGAUUACCGUUAUUCAACCAGAUUGUCAGCUGGACAACGUUAGCCUCCUCGUUUGUGGUGCCUCUGCUGAGCUCCACACUCCUCCUGCAGCGCCUGCUGGGCAUAUUCCUGUCUCUAGUAUCGACUUACAUCCUCCUCAGCACAGGAUAUGAGGCACUCUUCCCCCUUGUGCUGUCCUGGUUGAUGUUUGUGUGGAUUAACAUGGAACAGGAGACCAUGCAGUUUAAAGCCAUGUCUCCCAGAUUAAAGCUUUCCAACAUCGACUUUUCUGAAAACAUUGAUAUAUCAAAGUUGCGACAGCUGAGGCUUGAUGAUAUACGCAGAUCUUACUUUUUUGUUUUCUUUAUAGUUACUGCUUUUUUUGGAACUGGAAAUAUAGCGUCUAUUAACAGUUUUGAUCCUGCUUCAGUAUACUGCUUUCUGACAGUGUUUAAUCCUUUCCUUAUGGGAGCACUGAUGAUGUGGAAGAUUCUGAUACCUUUUGUGAUUGUGAUGUGUACAUUUGAAACCAUUCAAGUAUCAACACAGCUUUCUUCAAAAAGCCUGUUUCUGAUAGUGUUGGUCAUUUCUGAUAUAAUGGCUUUGCACUUCUUCUUUAUGGUUAAAGAUUAUGGAAGCUGGCUGGAUAUCGGGACAAGCAUUAGUCAUUAUGUGAUUGUGAUGUCCAUGACCAUCUUCCUGAUUUUUCUGAGCAUGUUGGCUCAAGUCCUAACCUCAAAGAGAAUCCUUCUUGGUGGUAAACUGCACUUCAUGUGAAUAUUGGCAACUGUCAGACAUACGUUUGCGCACACAUUUUGUGUCCCUGGGAGUGUUGGUCACUGAAAGCAUCUGUGUCAGGGAGGUCCACCAGAUGACUCUUGAGCUCCUCAUAGGGCUGUCUUGAUUUAGAGGUGAAGGCUAGACAUUCAGUAGUGCAAAAAUAAAUCUUGGGUAAGUGAUUCAACAUGUAACCUCUUUAUGAGCACACGCAUACUGACAUGGUGUGCAUUCCAGUUUAAAAAAGAAAAAUCCAUCAUAUGUAUAUUUUUUUGUUUAUAAUGGCUCUUUAAGACCUCUCUUGUUAUCGAUCAGGCUCUGUGGUAGGGCUUUUUUGUUUGGGUUUUGUAAUUACAGUUGGUUAAAAUUUGUAUUUUUGUUAAUUUGGCAGGGAUGAGGUUAAAAAAAAAAUGUUUUCAUGUAAUAGGUAAUGUGAGGAUUUUUAUGCUUGUGUAUCUUUUUUAUAACAUGAGAACUAGCGGAAUGCUAGCGUGUCAGAUUAAUUUGAGAAUAAGGUUUCUAUGCUAUUGUGUAAUGUACCUUACUGCAAAGUAACAUUUUAAUAAAUAAUGGUAUAAUGUC